CCGACUACGCUGUUGCUCAUUCCAAUGAUGCCAGUUAUUCAGAUAAACCCAGAAGAUAUCCCAAAAGACGAAAAUCUCGAACUACGCACGUCCUCCUUUUUUCAAAAGCACAAGGAACUCCCUACACCCGAUGAAGUUCGAGCCCGCGCGCGCGCUCAGUAUGCUGCUGGCACUCAUUGGGGCUGGAAGGAGAGGUCCGUCACCUCUGAGGGCUACCAUGGUUGUCCAACUCCAGCUGUGUUCGAGGAGAUGGGGUUGUUUGUGAAGUGGGGUAGACUUGUGAAGCUCGUCGAGGGACAGACUCUGUAUGCACUUCAGAAGUGGUGGGGCAAGCCGGUUCCUGUCCCUGAGCUCUACGGCUGGCGAACUGAGGGUGAUGAAAUGUUUAUAUACAUGGAGGCGAUACAUGGAAGGACAAUGGAGGAUGCGUGGCCAUCAUUGGAGGAGGAAGAUCGAAUACACAUUUGUAGUGAGCUGCGCGCAAUUCUCCAUAAUUUACGCCAGAUGAAGCUGCCGCCCAAUGAAUCAUUCGUUGGCAGUGUUGCCAGGAGCAAGUACUACGAACGAGCACUUUUCGAUGCAUCGCAAUCUGACUCGGGCCCGUUCAAAUCCGUCAAAGGUUUUCAUGAUUGGUACAUAUUCCAGUACAAAAGAUGGGUAGCAGAUCCCGAGACAAUACCUGAGCCGUAUCGAGAAAUGCUACCCGAUGACAGCGAAAUCGUGCUCACGCAUGGCGAUCUUCACCAAAGCAACAUCAUCUUAACGCUGUCUCAUCCUCCGCGAGUGGCGGCACUGAUAGAUUGGGAGCAAUCCGCAUGGCUACCAGCGUACUGGGAGGAUUGUAAAGCCUACUGGACCACUCUUUACACUGAUGAAUGGGCUGCAAAGUACUUACCACUCAUUGUCGAUCAUGAUGAGGACCUCGUAGAAGCGUGGCGUUACUAUACCAACCCCAUCGGUGUUUCUUAUACUAUAAGACACCGAGUUUGCGUAAACUUUGUUGAGAUUUCGGUCGCAUUAUUUCAACGUGCAUUUCAUAGCAGUUCAAUUGCGUCUCUCUAG